AUGGAGUUCACUUUUUCUGAUUUUGACGAAGAAACAGUGAUCGUCAUUGACAUCGAGUUCCCUGGCUUUAUCCGAUCCACCUCGAGAGGUGCUCUUGAGGAACAUCUCUACCAAGAUUUGAAGUUCAACGUAAACCAUUUGAAGAUUCUUCCAUUGGGCCUUACUCUAGCCGACGGGAAUGGAAAUGUUGGCAUAACAUGGGAGUUCACUUUUUCUGAUUUUGACGAAGAAACAGGUCUCUCCAAUCCUACAUCGAUCCGAUUCUUGAAGAACAAAGGGUUUGAUUUCAAGAAACAAAGAGAAGAAGAAAUCCGAGCAGCUGAAUUUCAACUCCUAAUGGUGAUCAAAUUCAUGCCGAAGUCUGUAGUGGAGUUCACCAUCGUAACUCGAUGUUUCCUUGGUACGAUCAACGACCUAAAGUACAUUAUUCGUAAUUGCAAAUACUUACUAAAUGGCAAACUUGGACUUAAAAAACUUGCUAAGUUACUCAAUAUUGUGAAUGACAUUACUACCCAUCAUCUUGCUGAUUUUGAUAGUUUGUUGAUAGCUUCUGCAUAUGCGAAGAUGAAGAAGAUGUACGAGUUUUCAUCGAAAAAUCUCGAUGGGUAA